GUUUAUCUGAGAGCAGCUGAUGCUGUUAUUUACAGCAGACGGAGCCAAACAUCACACAGAAAAAGUAUCUGUUUACUGAUAUAUAGAACAAAGAGAAAGACAGGAUGGGCACAGCUGGAAAAAUUAUUAAAUGUAAGACAGCUGUGCUAUGGGAACAGAAGAAACCCUUUUCCACUGAGGAAAUAGAAGUUGCCCCACCAAAGGCUAAAGAAGUUCGUAUUAAGCAAAUUUUGGCGACAGGAAUCUGUCGGUCAGAUGACCACACGAUAAAAGAAGCAAUAGUGUCGUUUCCAGUGAUUGUGGGACAUGAAGCCACUGGAGUUGUGGAGAGCAUCGGAGAAGGAGUCACUACAGUGAAACCAGGUGACAAAGUCAUCCCCCUCAUUGUGCCUCAGUGUAGAGAAUGCAAUGCUUGUCGGAACCCAGAUGGCAACUUUUGUAUAAGAAGCGACCUUACUGGUUGUGGAGUCCUGGCUGAUGGCACCACCAGAUUUACAUGCAGGGGCAAACCAGUCUAUCACUUUGUGAGCGCUAGUACCUUUACUGAGUACACGGUGGUGGGUGAAACUUCUGUUGCUAAGAUCGAUGAUGCAGCUCCUCCUGAGAAAGUCUGUUUAAUUGGAUGUAGAUUUUCCACUGGAUAUGGGGCCGCUAUUAAAACUGGCAAGGUCACCCCUGGUUCAACUUGUGUGGUCUUUGGCCUGGGAGGAGUUGGCCUUUCAGUCAUCAUGGGCUGUAAGUCAGCCGGUGCAUCCAGGAUCACUGGGAUUGACCUCAACAAAAACAAAUUUGAAAAGGCCGUGGCUGUAGGAGCCACUGAGUGCAUCAGCCCCAGGUACUCCACCGAGCCCAUCAGUAAGGUGCUGUCAGAAAUGACAGCCAACACUGUGGACUACAGUUUUGAAGCUAUUGGGCAUCUUGAAACUAUGAUUGAUGCCCUUUCAUCCUGCAACAUGAGCUAUGGGGUCAGUGUGGUAGUGGGAUCUCGUCUAUCAGCCAAGAUGCUCACCUACGACCCAAUGCUUCUCUUCACUGGGUGUACACGGAAGGGAUGCAUUCUUGGAGUCAAGGAAGCCAUGAAGCAGUGUCAAACUGUGUUCUUGGCUAUUAAAUCAGAGGAUAAAUGA